AUGCAUUAUUAUCAUCAAUUAACAUGGCGUCAUAUGUAUCGGAUAAAAUAUGAACAUAAAAAUUUUGUGAGUGCGCAGUUAACGUCGAUGAUCGUCAACGCUUGCAGAAACGACACUAAAGGCAUAAUUUAUGGAGUCAUUUUUACAGCGUCGUCUGACGUACAUCCAAAUAUUUGUUUUAUUAAUUGGUUAACAUCGAAGUGUGCCGACACCGAAAAGGAUGUUAGUGAAAACAGUUUAACACAUGCUGCUCAAGGAAGAUUUCUUAGGACGAAAGAAAAUUAUCUUUAA